CACCACGCCCUUAUCCGAAAUGUCUUCCCAACCAAGAAAGCGCCUCGGUGCAGAAGAGAAAGAAAUCAGCCCUCCUCUCUUGCGGCGGAAACUGAAUCACGAUUACGACACGAAGCCAGCAUCGGAGCCUCCGCUCAGAAGCAGAUCUGCGCCGAAGGAGGCCAGAGAGGGAAAGGAAGGAAGAGCGAGAUUUGAGAUCCUAAGCUGGAACAUAAAUGGAAUCUCUCACCUUCUUCCUCAAACCCAACCGAGCAUCAAAUCUUUCUUCCGCAAAUCAUCAGGAAGUGGCACGAGGCAAACGCCCGAAACUGAGGAUGAGGAUGAAACUCGGCAGUACGCAACUGCGGAGGCACCGUUGAGGAAGUUUCUAAGGAGACAUGGGUUUCCUCAGAUAGUCUGUUUGCAAGAAGUCAAGAUCUCACCGAAGGAUAAAAUGGCCAGGAAGGCUGUAGAGAGAGCCGCCAAUGGGGGAGAUGCGCCGGGGUAUAAGGCGUCGUUCGAACUGCCGAGAGAUAGAUUCAAUGCUACAGGGUGGGGAGGCAAGGUGUAUGGUGUUUGUACGCUGGUGAGGGAGGAUGUGGAGGAGCAGUGUGAGAGGCUGGGCACCAGGGGUGUGGAGUGGGACAGUGAGGGGAGGGUAUUAAUUACCGAGCUUGAAUUCAGGAGCGAGAGGGAGAGCGCAGGAAGGAAGAUGGAGAAAUUGAUAGUAAUCAACGGAUACUGGCCAAACGGAACUGCAAAUACAUGGCGGGACAGCAAUACUGGUGUUGUCAAAGGAAGCCGCCACGAUAUGAAACGAACUUUCCAUUCUCUCAUGCUUACUGAGGCGUUGCGGCACCAAGAAGCAGGAUGGCAGGUGGUCCUUAUCGGGGAUAUCAACAUUGCUCGCUUAUCUCUUGACGGAUAUCCUGGGAUCAGACUGGGAGCAGAACAUGUCAGGAAUCGGAAAGAGUGGAACGAGUUAUUUAUUGAGAGCGAAGAAGGGUUGAGGGGUGUUGAUAGCUGGCGAUGGAUACACAGCGAGAGGAGGGGGUAUAGUUAUCAUGGAGAGAAGGUAGAGGAGUGGGGACGAAGUUGUGAUAGAGUUGAUUUGGGGAUUGUGAGUCGUGGUUUCAUUGGGGAAGGAGAGGGAGAGAAAGGGACGGGGACUUCGAUGAGGUUGGUGGGAGCAGAAAUUUGGGAGACUAUUGAGGAGAGGGGUGCGAGUGAUCAUGUGCCGAUUUCUGUGGUGCUUGAUUUGGGGGAUAUUAGGAAAGGAGACAACGGAGAUGGGAGAAAGUGGAAUAAUUUGUCUGAAGAUUAAAUCAGAAGACCCAAAACUGUUAAAUGGUCGUCGCUUGCAUUACUUUAACUCGGCCUCCCCUCCACCUCUCCGUCCACCAAACUCUGAAUCUCCUCUCCUCGUGCCAUUCAGGCCUUUCAAAGAGAUACUAGCAGUCGCUCAUGGACUCUAAAUCCAUCUUCUCUCCGUAAGCCCCUCAAAUUCCGCCUCUCCUUACCCACGGCCUUCACGUGGCAAGUGCUAAGUAUAAAUAAUAAUAAGCCCUAAUUAUAAAGGAGUAC